GUCUACCAAUUUCAUUUAAAUACGUAUUAUUUUUCAUACCCGAUUAACUAUUGUACCUAAUUGAGCAUUUUCUAACCCGAGCCAGGGUGGGUCCCAGGACCCACCCUCUAAACUUUGGGUAUUUAUGGGUAGUAUGGGUACCCGUUAUCCGUCCCGUACGGGUAAUUGGUACAUGUUUCCCAUAUGGGUUUGGAAUAUGGGAUAGACUUUGGUCUCCAAAUGAGACUGGGUACCCGUUUAAAACGGGACGGGUAUCCCGUCCCGUCCCGUUGCCCACCCCUACUCAAGUCACCUCAAGUGUGCUAUAUCAUCUAAGUAAUUCAUGAGCCAAAUUAUUGAGUUGAAUCGUGAACUUCAAAUCGAACUAGCUCACGAGCUAAACUCAACGAGUUAUCAAUUCGAGUUAGCUUGCGAGCCUAACGAGUUGAGCUAGAUCUAGCUCAUGUUCGGCUCAUUAAUAAACAAGCGAGCUAACGAGCCAACUCAUUAAGCUAACGAGCCAACUCAACAAUUUCAUGACAUGUAACUAGAGUUCAGGAUUUAAGGUUAAUGCAUAGGGUAUUACUGUCCUGGUUUAGAGUUAAGAAGAUUAUGACGUAUGUUCUUCACAGUAACCAAAUAUAAAAUUGACUUAACUUACAUUUUUCACAUAACAUACGUUCUACCAACAAUUUCAUAACAUAUAGCUACAGUUCAGAGUUUAAGGUUAGUGUAUAGGGUAUAGUGUCAUGGUUUAGAUGACAUAUAGCUACAUUCUUCAUGGUUAUGCUUUACAAUUUAGGGGUGUAUGGUUUAUGAUUGAGGAGUUAUGGGUAUUCAAUGUGAAACUCCAUUAACCAUAAGAAACAUAUAAUAAUAGAAGUGGUGGUCGUUUUUUAGCAUUUCAAAUUUCAUCUAAAGAAUUUGAUGUCCUUUUAAACUAAAAACAUACAAACACUUAGAAUUUUAAAAGCAUAUGACUUUCCAUUAAAAUUAAGUAGCCCACUAACUCUUCCAUUCGUAUUCCUUUGGUGAUAGAUAUUUUGGUGUUAUAUUUUUAUUAUCUAAUUUGUUUUUAAAAAUUAAUUUAACUAUUGGGGAGAAAUACACAUUUCAAAUUCCCUCCCUCCAAAACAUAAAAGUACUUUUGAAAAUCCCUCCAAAUAUUUGGUCUAACUUCCCUCCCUUCAAAACCCAUAAAAACACUUUUGAAACCCCUCAAAUAUUUGGUCUUAAUUUCCCCCCAACGUUUUAAGCCUCAUUUUCUGUAACCAAAUAAUAUAUAUAUAUAUAUAUAUAUUAACUGUAAAUAAUUUUUUAAUUUUUACUCAACUGGCGUUAGUUAACAAGGGCAAAAACUUGUCUCUCCUCCAUUGUUCUUUUCAGCUCUGUUUGUUUUAAAUUGCCGAGUUUGCAAAAUAGUGAAUGUGAUUGGUGAGAUUAUUUUAAAUUAAUAUAAUAACUAAUUAUUAUAAAAAAUAACUCUAUGGUUUGGACCAAACAACCCGACCUGUUCGUAACCCGGGUAACCCGCAAUCCGAUCAACUCGAACCCGAUUUGCCCGCAACCUGAUCAACCCACAACCCGAUUGAUCCACAACCCGACCAACCCGAACCCGAUUGGCCUACAACCCAAUUGACCCGCAACCCAAUUGACCCGCAAACCGAUCAACCCGAAUCCACUUGACCUGCAACCCGAUCAACCCGCAACCCGUUUAAACCCGACCCGAACCCGCCCGAUGGACACCUAUAACCACAAGAUACCCCUCCCCCCACUAGGGUGGUAUAGUAUGAUAUUUUUGACCUGUAUUUUCUUCACCCACAAAUUUGUAGAUCCAAUAGAUCAUGACAAACUUGUUCUUUCUGUGUAAAUAUUUUCAUAAACGACUUAAAACAAAGGAGAUACCAUAUAAUAGAGUCGGUAACGAGAGGUUUAAAAAUAAUUCCAAAAAAAUAUUGAAAAUUGAUUACAAUUAGUAGAGCACAACGAACACAUUCUAUAUGUGCAAAAAAAAUUGAAAUUUGAGUUAGAACGAAGAAUAUAAGAGCCCAUUACAUCUAAAUUUUCUGAGACCACUUUAAAAGAAAGGUCUAGAUUUAGUUACUCAUGAGUUAUUCACCCUCUCAUGUACGCUAUGUUUGGGGGCCGUAUGGAAAAUUAAAAGUAGGGGUGAUAAUUGGUUGCCGGUUAAUCAGUUAAACCGAAAACUGAAAAGAAAAUCAUGGUUAUUCACCUAAUCGAAAACCGUUGCCUUUGCUUCGUUGUCUGUGGGCUAAUUCAGGGCUUUAUGCCAACCGGUGGUUGUCGGUUUCUAACUGAGAUAAACUCGGUGCACCACUACAACCGCCAAACCUCUCAUCUCCCUCUCCUCGCCCCUUACCGCCACUCUCUCCCUCUCCAUCCUCCACCAGAUCUCGUUGCCCACCAGGCCACCACCACAGGACUAUCGCCAUCCACAUCCUCAAUCGCCCCCAUCCGACUUCGCCUACCCUUCUCUCCCAACACUCCCUCCUUCCCUUUUGUCGAUUCACAGUCCUCCCAUUUCAAGUUUCGAAUCGUUCCCCAACACAUCCUAAUUGACAAACCCCGACAAAUCCCAAUUGGCGGCCAAUCUGAUCGUUCCCCACCCCACUCGUCUUGUCUCAUCACCCGCCGAGGGAAUCCCCACCAUCUCCAGCUCGCCCCCCCUCCUUUAGCGCCCACGAAAUCCAAAUCCAAGCGUGCCUUGUAUCGCCUCCAUCAUCACCCUACCGCGUCAUUCCCCUCUGUCAGCAGCUCAUCACCGCGCCGUCGUCAGCUCGUCGCCAAGUGGUGGUCAAUCGACGGCCAAUCCUAUCGUUUCCCACCUCCCAUCGUCUCGCCUUAUUUCCCUAAGUUGUUGUUGAUGUCGCUUGCUGGGAAUCCUUCUGUCAUCGGCCUCUCUCGGUUAGCGGUCAAUCGAAAAAUUGCACCUCCUAUUGUCGGUGUCGGUGGAGGUUAACCACCCAGCUUUGCGAAGGCGGUGUCGGUGGACGGUUUGUGCCUGUUCUCGAUGGCGGUUAAUCGCGUUUGCGAUUCGGUUUAACCAAAACCGCACCGACUAACAGCCCUAAUUGAAAGUAUUGUUGAUUAUUAAAGUUUGUGAUGAUUCUAAUUUGGAAUCAAAACUCCAAUUUCUCAUUUAAUUGGCAUCAAUUUCUCAAACCCCUAGAAAUUCGUGAAUUGAUUUGUCUAAAUAGCUUCUAAUUUGAUUAAUGGUGGUUGUUGUUCUGGGUUUUGGAUGGUUGGAUAUAGCUAAGAAUAGUUUGGCGUCUUGAUCCACCAAUGCUAGGUUAGACGGGCAAACCAUCAUCUUUUUUCUCUGGUUUGAUCGGGUUUUUUAUAGUUUGAUCGAGUCCAAACAUACAUUUAUUUUAGGUGUGGGCGUUGAAUGACGAACUCAAUUCAGGUCGAUACGGUUCGUUCUAAUGGUUCUUUUGCGAAUUUGCAACCUUAACUUUGAUGUAACCGAAUUUUUAUCGAAUGUGAUAACUUAUAAGAAAUAACAAGUUUUUUA